CAAAUAGCGCUAACAUUGAAUAAAUGCUGGUAGUGGAGCUGAAACGGGUUUAUCAAAGUAUUAUUGCUUGGAAAGUAGGCUCAAGACAAAUACAGUUUCACGACAGUAUAAAUACUACUAUUGGUGUACUGGGUCAGAGUAUCAAAAGAUCGCACUUUUUGUUUGCAGAACAAAACUGUCGUGUUGCUUUAAUGGUGGAUUGUUGUCUUGUGUGGCGUGACGUGUUUGGGGCGGAGUGAUGACGUUGAUCGUAAAGAAACGAGCGUGCUGGAGGCUGGACUGCAGAAUGAAAGUUGUCGAGAAGGAAAGAGGAGCAUACUGAUCAGACUUUACUCUCAACCGAGCCCAUCGGCGAAUUUACGACUCUUUCAGACACAGAAACAGCACGGAUCUGAAUACAGACCACAGAGCAGAGGUGGAGAGUGUGCAAAACCCUGCUCAUGGAUGAAGAUGAUGAUGAUGUGUUUGGGGCUGUCUCACACUGCUGGCCUUCCUCCAGCACAGGGAUAAAGCAGGAGGACCAAAGCACGCAGACCCCAGGGAGCCAAGUGGCACGUAUAAAUGGCAUGCUGCCCUGUGGUGUGGAUGAGGAGCCCAGACGCCUCUUCUACGGUAGUGCAGGAUUACUAUUGCUGACGUCGUCUGCCCGUUCUGACCACAUCGAGAACGCCAUGCUUCCUGAGAAUCAACCUCGCCGACGGCAAGCGCACAGCGUGGAGGUUCAGAUUGGCCAGAAACUCCAGAUGAUUGGCGAUCAAUUCUAUCAAGAGCACAUGCUGCAACACCGAAACCAAAGGAACCAGUGGCCAUUUUGGUUGCGUUUAGCCUCAGCGCUGUACGCUAUACUUUUUGAAGGCGAGCCAGCGGUGCACAGGAGGAGACCGGAGGAUCGCAGGUGAGAAGGAUGCCGUGACAAGAUCCGCCACCUCCGCUUAAUGGCACUGUUCGACUUUCAACACGGGUUUUUAGGGGAGAAAAUGAGAAGGAGGGCAAUCUCUGCGGGACGGGGACCUCCUUUUUCCCACCUCAAUAAGAUGCCAUGGUGUUCAUAAGAUUAUUUUCAUAUAAGACUUGUUGAGAUGUUUUGUACAAUAUUUUCUGUCUUUUCGAAUUUCGCUUGCACUUCCUCAUGUCUACAUUUUGAACAACUUCCGCCCUGGGAAUGCCUUAUCAUCUCCAGCCACUGCAUAAAAACUGAAUACUGAAUGUGGACUAUAGAAGAGAAGGCGGUGGUUUGGAAGGGUGUUUUGUUUUGUUUUGUUUUGUUUUUUUUCUUCCCUAAAUUUCUUCCAGGACAUCAAUCAGCCCGACUUAUCUUCAAAGAGUUUUGCACCUCAGUAUAUCUCUGUAGAGAUUCAUUAUAAUUAUCAUUUUUUUAACUUUGUUUUUGCUAUUUUUCCCCAUAGCUAUUAAUAGGAAGUAGACAGGCCUCUAAUACUUGAAGUUAGUUUUUCUCAUUGAUUGUCAAUAAUCAGCAAGGGAGAUCACCAAAUAAUUUGAUGCAUGGAGGCAAUGUGUCAUCUCCAUUUAAGACUGAAGAACAAGAUUACAGUGCCUAGAAUUGUAAAAAAAAUUUUGUUGUUGUUGUUUUUUUUUUUUUACUCAAACCACCUUCCACAAAUCUUGAGUGAAGGUUUCAGUAACCAUGAUUGCUUAGAGGCCUGUUUUUUCCCUCCUGGUGUUUUACAAGGAAAUUCACUGUGGGUAUUAGUACACAAGUUUAACACCAAAAAAAACCUCAGUUCUGAUUCUCACCACAUGCAUUCAGGUUGAUAUAAAAGAAAAAAAAAUUCACUGAAUUUCUACUGAACGUUUUAUUUACCACUGGUCCUCGUGGUUGGCUGUUGAACAUCCUUGUAGCCACUUGUUUUUCUCAGCCACAGAGCAAUACUGUGUCUGUGUGAAGUGACUGCAUUUUUCCUCUCAGGAUACUCUGGUGUUUUUAUCUUACAGAAUUUCAAGUUGUGAUUGUGCUUUUUAUACCGUUCAGUUUAAAUGGGUUAAAUGGGGUUUUUUGUUUAUUUUUUUUAUAACCACUACUUUUUGCUUGUUUUAGAUAAGGAUGCUCCUCUGUAAAUUGUUCGUAAAACUGUAAUUGCCUUGUUUGAAGACACUGAUGGAUUUUUAAUGCUGUUUUUUGCUUGUAGAGCUUUUCUUUUUACAUGUUAUUUUAUUUUAAUUUUAUUUUAAAGGAGUGAUUGUAUAUUUUGUGAAAUUUGGUUUUUAAUUUCCAACUGUAAAGUAGCUUUUUUUUGUUGUUACAUAUAAAACUGUAGUUACAUAUGGAUACAUUAACAUCAGAUGCAGAAUAUCAUUAAAUGUGAUAUGAAGGACCUAGGAUAAUUUAGAACUGAUAGCAUGUUAGAGUGUGCUAGUUUCACAAGAAAUGGCUUUAAUUAUAUUAACAGUAGUCCUACGAUUACACAGGUACACAGAAAUGGUACACAGUACAAAAAACACCUCUAGUUCUCAUCAACAGUUUUGCCAGCUGUGGAAGUGAGCAAAUGAGUAAGUGUGGGGCACAGGCUACUUCAAGCAUGGUGAAUGUCCAAAGAAAUGCUAACCGUUGUUUCCUGCAGAUCGUGAACGCUGAGCCAGUGACUGUAGCCCUCACAACUCUGUAGCUACCUUUCUCACUUCAUCUAGUCUCCAUCCAUAUAUACAUUCACUCCUUAACCUUUUGCGUUUGCUUCUUUUAUUUGUAAUUUAAAUUGUUGGGGGGUUUUUUGUCCUUUUUAUUUAUUUCUUUGUAUAUUGAUUCAUUGCUACUGUAUAGGUUGUGUGCAAUUUCUUUUGUGUUUCUUGCCACUUUUGUUUUAAUCCUGGAUGUGUCUAUGUUUUGUCUUCUUCCUCACCCUGUGGAUUAAGGAGGUGAAAGGUUAGCCUUUUUUGGAGCUUGUUUCAUGAUGGUCAUUUUCUGAAUUUUUUUUAACAUUACUUUUUAAAUAUGGCCAACUAUAAUCAUUGUAGUCCCACAGGACUGUAUUAUGUUAUGAACUAUGAAGGGAGAGGGAGUCAUUGUUUCGAAGGUCCGUUGUCCUUGGUUUUCUCUGAAGAACAUGAAUGAUCAUGGAAAAAAUGGGAAAAAAGGUAACAGUACUGAAUCUAUUUUCCAGACUGAAGGAAUCCAAAAUCAGUGAAGGACAACCACUUUCAGAUGGGCGACAAAUUAAAGGUAAAGGAAAUAGAGGCUGUUAUACAUUCUGGGGGAUUUUGCUAACCAUUUAAUUUGUCACCUGUCUACCUUUUUAUAUUAAACUUUUUUUUCUUUUUCAAAUGCCAUUGAAACAGUGUACAUAUAUAUUAACAGGAUUAUUGGACAAAAAAGUCCCAGAGGAAAGUCUUUGCCCAUGAUUGAACAGUGAAUGAAAAUAUUUGGCCACCAUUCUCAAUGACCUCAUUUUCAUGAUGCUCACUGUCUCCUACCAGGUCUUGCUCAAAGUUUAUAUAAUAUAAUAGUACAUCUGUAAAUAUUUCUCAAUGACGAAAACAGGGUAGGAAAGAUUGAUCAAGACACUGGGCCAUGUUAAUGAGUUAGCUCUCCAUCUCCACUGUAUUCACUAUUUUCUUGAUUUACAUGCACUGGAAAAUAUUUAAUAUUUUCGUCCAAUCUAAUCCUUGAUUUGUUGGGGUUGUUUGUUUUUCUUUCUUUUCUUUUUUUUUUUUUUUU